AUAAAACCAUCGGUUGCCAAAUCAACAUAGUUAGCCGCCUAGUGCACAUCUUAUUCGUUAUUCUUUUGUUCUUAAUGUUGACAAAAUUUAAAAAAGUUGUAAAAUCGAAAAUGUUGUUGAAAUGUUAUCAAAAAGAUGAAGCAUGUAAUUGAUAAUUUCACAAACAAGUGUAGUUAAAGAUAUUAAAAAAAAAACAACGAAAAAAAUUGCAUCCAUAGAAAAAGUGUUAUAACUUGGCCCAUAUAACCAAAACAACAAAAAAAGAAAAAAAAAAUUAUAGGCAAGUGCAGUGCAUUUUGAAAUCGUAUCUUCUAUCUCAAUAAAAUAAAACGCGUGAGUGUUUCUUUCGACGACGUUCGCGCAACGUCAACGUUGACGCCGUACACAAAACAAAAAGAAUAUCAACCAAAAAGAAGAAACCGUAAAAACGAGUCAUCAUUAUAAAUUUUUUAAGUUGUUUUGUGUUUUCCUCAUCAGCAGGCAGCGGAGCCCCCACAACAAGCAGCAAAAACAAACGAAGAUACUUUUAUUGACAAAUGAAAGAAUAAACUCAAAGAAAUUCAAAUAUGGAUUAACUAUUUGUCCAGUUAAGUAAGAUUAAUUUUUUCCGUUGUUUCCUGUUUUGUUGCAUUCAAUUCAGCUGAUGUGGAAUCGCCCGACCGGAAACAGCGCUAAGCCAGCAAACGUAUGAGGAACCCCGUCUGUCGUCCAACGCAGGGCUAACAAAGAACUGCAACAACUGCCGGCAACAACUAUUAUCACCACCAUCCAUAGCCUCAUCAUCAGGAAUACAGAAAAAAAGCCCAACAAAGUUCGAGAGGGGAAGACUUUUUUUCCAACAAAAGGCUUUAUGACUUGCUCCUCAUAUACUGGAACAUGGAACAUUUGUGCCGCAUAAAAGCAAUAACAUCCAAACGACUACUGUAACAACAACAACUACAACAACGACAAAGUUACUCUACAAAUGUUUACCCAAAUAAUGGCGAAAUAUUCUAUGCCUGGCGCUUAUGCAUUAAUAUGGAGUUUCCAGCAACUUAAUAAACAGCAAUAAAAAAUAAAAAUCCAGAGACAAGAGACAAGAGAAAGGAAACCUUAAAUCGUGCCCUCAACGUUGGAGCCUACACGCAAACACACACACAAAGGCAAACCCCCACGCCGACGAUUGCAGGAGGUUCAUGAUGUUACUAAGAAAUAAGCCACACAUCAACGAAGAAGUUACCGAAGGGAAAUUUAGAAAAAUAUUUAAAAAAGGAAACGGAAGUUACCAUCAGCACCAACUACAUCGACGAUAGCACCAAUCUACAAGAAGAACAACAGCAAUAACGUUAAUAUUUCCUCUCUACUUCUAUCUCUGAAAGUGGGAAGAAGAAGAAAAAAAAAUCGAAACGAAAAAUACAAAUAAAAAGCAUCUUUUUUACCUAAAUGAGGCGGAAUACCAACAACAAAUAAAACUCCAUUAACAUUCUGAAAGAAACUAAGCAAAACGACUGAAAACAAAACACGAAACAAAAUUCUCCCAAUUACAAAAAGGACUCAUUGAAACGAAAAACCCAGCAGUAGCGCAGCCAUUACCAUCAUCAUUUGUCUACAGCAGAGUGCUAACGUAACGGCAAAUGUGAAAUUAGCCAAAUUUUAAGUUAAAAGUGUCGGUCGCUUCUGUGUUACUGUCAAUCUACCUUACCAGCAGUUGGACAGCCAACCAGGCAUUCAUUCAGUCCCUCAUUCAUUCAUCCAUUUGCACGUAACACAACAACAGUAAGAACAGCAACCACAGCUAACUGCAGGCUAACAUUCGAAUUUCCCUGAGCAAGACAAAACCGCAGCAAAAAGUCCAUCACAAAAAACAAAAACAGAAACCGUAAUAAAACACAUUGGCAGCAUUGGCCCCAAGGACAUCAGCAGCAACAGCAUUCGAGACGAACGAAGGGCAGAGUCGCCAUCACCAUCAUCGUCAUCAUCACCGUCACCAGCAACAGCAACAGCAGCAGCGGUACAGGAAAAUCAUUUACGAUUUGAAACGUUUUCAUUCGUUUUUUUGUAGCCGUAAUUUUUUUCCCAUCACUGCUACAAAGUUUUAUGAAUGUGUUGCUGUUCUUGGGGUAAACUGGACAAGAGGACAAUAUUGCUCGACAUGAUGUUAUUUGCUGUCUCGCAACAUUGGCACAUUCGUUGAGAGUGCUGAGAGACCCAAGACAAAAACAACCAAGAAAAAAAAGCAACACUGAAAAACACGCAUUAACAUCAAUAGUAGUAGCAGCACAACAACAAUAACACCGCCAACAAACGAUAAUAACAGCAGGGAUUCCUGAGAGCCCUACUUAAAUCCUAAAGAUUAAACCACACAACAUCAACACAAACAACAACAAAGAACUCUGCCGCCGAGGUUCUACCAAACAAGCAAGCAAACCAGCAACCAACAGUCUGACUAUUUAUUAGAGCAGCUGGGGUUGUGUCUGAGUCAGCAUCCGUGUGUUUUGCUGUCUCCGUUGUGUGAAUUACGCAUUCUCGCACACUCACACCCCCACAUCAACAUCUGCCGGCACCAGUAAUAACAACAUCAUCAUUUAACUCCGAACAAUUACUCAAUUGGAUUUGAGCAGUGAGCAGUGAGUGGUUGGGUGUGCGUGUGCAUGUGGUGGUGAUAGCACAACCCAAUAGCCCAACUCAGUAUACAUUGUGUGGUCUCUCUAUCGCAGCGACUUUAUUAUCAUCGUCUCUCAGCUCUACUCUGCUCACAAAGGACCCACACCACUUUAACCUACACCGGCAUCACUCUGUCUCUGACAGUAACCAACAAGCAGAUAGUCUGAGUGCGUGCAUGGGUGUGUGUGUGUGAGUGAGUUUGAUUUUCUUUCAGUGCAACGUGGUGACUAAAGGAGAGUGUUUGCAUGCGAUUGCAUGUGCUGCGUGUGAGACCAUUGGGGCGUUGGAGGAGACCUAAAUGAAUUUAUUCUGCUGUUGCUGCUGUAACAUGGCACCAAAUACACGCGUCACACGCAAAUGGGAACUAUUUGCCGGACGUAAUAAAUUUUAUUGUGAUGGUUUGUUAAUGUCUGCUCCUCACACGGGCGUAUUUUAUUUGACGUGCAUUCUGAUAACGGGGACAAGUGCGUUAUUUUUUGCCUUCGAUUGUCCCUUUUUGGCCACACGUAUUAAUCCCAUUAUACCCAUUGUCGGUGCUAUUUUAUACUUUUUUACUAUGAGUUCCUUGCUACGAACGACCUUCACAGAUCCCGGUGUAAUACCGCGCGCCUCAUAUGAUGAGGCAGCCUAUAUAGAAAAACAAAUUGAAGUGCCAAAUUCCUUAAAUAGUCCCACAUAUCGACCGCCACCACGUACAAAAGAAGUCCUUGUCAAAGGACAAACUGUAAAACUGAAAUAUUGUUUUACCUGCAAGAUCUUCCGACCGCCCCGAGCUUCACAUUGCAGUUUAUGUGACAAUUGCGUAGAUCGCUUUGAUCAUCAUUGUCCAUGGGUUGGCAAUUGUGUGGGUAAACGUAAUUAUCGCUUCUUUUAUCUGUUUCUAGUCUCGUUGGCUUUUUUAGCCGUGUUCAUAUUUUCAUGCUCUGUGACGCAUUUAGUAUUAUUAAUGAAAACUGAACAAGAAGUGUUUGAAGUCAUCAAAAAGGCCCCUUUCACCGUAAUUGUGGUCUUUAUAUGCUUCUUCUCCAUCUGGUCUGUGAUCGGUUUAGCGGGAUUCCAUACCUAUUUAACCACCAGUGAUCAAACAACAAAUGAAGAUCUCAAGGGCUCGUUCUCUUCCAAAGGAGGCCAGCGCAAUUUAAAUCCAUAUUCUCGGGGGAAUAUUUGUUUAAAUUGCUGUCACAUUCUCUGUGGUCCCAUGACACCAUCAUUGAUAGACAGACGUGGCAUUGCUACCGAUGACUUCAUUUCACAAAUGCAACAACACUCAAGUCCUCGCCAUCCCUUGAGUGAUGUGAUAAGUGCCACCCAUGUGAGUAGUGGUGCCAUGAUCACCUCCCAACCAAUGAUAGCCGGUGCCGGUGGUGGCAUUAGUAUAGGUGGUUCCGAUCUAAAGUCAAGAUAUUACGAUGAGUCAAAUACCUCAUCAUCGGCCAUGGAAGCUGGGAGUGCGGCUACAGCUGGCGGCGUUUAUAGGCCGCGCAGCUAUGACAAUUUACAAAAUGCCCCUGAUUUAGUUGAACCCCUACUGCUGGGAAAUGAAGAACGUAAUUCCAAUAGUCUAGCCCAUUUGGUCGAUAAUGAGAUACCAUUGUCGCAAAUGGAUGUCCCAGCCGCUCAUCAUCAUUCGCAAACGCAACUGCAGCAAUCACGACGCUUUCGCCAUCACAAGCAAAGAACGCAUCUCGAUUCGUCGGGCGAUGAAUUGGACAAUGUGGAGUUGGGUGAUGCCAAUGGCUUGACACUCAGCACGGAGCAUUUGGAUGACAACGAAGUGGUGGUGGUGGGCAACACUGAGGUGGUGGCCGCCGUAGCGGCCAUAGCCGCCACCAAUAAGGCCAGGGAGCGCCAUAAUCUCUCGGAUAGUUAUAAUAAUUUAUUCAAUGGUGACUACGAUGCCUCAUUAUCGAAUGGUGGCCCCACUCCCCUUGCCUCACCGCUUAGCGAAAUGCCUCUAACGUCAAGGGGUAGUGGUGCCAAUCUACUGGCAGCCGCCAUGAUGGGUGGUGCCUCCGCCUCCGCCACCGGUAAUACCUUGCCUAAAUCGAUAUCCCAAACGGAGAAUAUGUAUUCGAAUGUACCAAAUGUCACCAACUCUGCUGCGGCGGGGGAGGAGAAAGCCGCCGCAGCAGCCCAGGAUAACAACGUGCAUGUCUAUUCCAAUCUAAUGGAUGAACGCAGUCAACACCAUGCUCAAAGCAAAGCGUCAACCAAAGUGGUGGCCCAUGGCACCCACAAUCCCUUGAACUUAUCCUCGACCCUGCUGUGUGACGAUUUGGAUUUAGAUGAUCCCGUCUCAAUAUUAGUUCCACACACCAAGGCGAAAGAGAAGCGUCAAUUUAAUUUCACCAGUGUGCCCGAUGUUCUGACAACGGCUCCCAAGUCAUUGGUGGCCCACUCAUCGGCCACCGAUAAUGUAAAACUACAGAAAAUGUCCUCGUCCGAGCUGAGUUCGAGUCGUUUGCGUAUCCUGCACGAUACCACAAUGAUAGACACAGCCUUGGACUUGGAUAGUUUGGAUGAUGCAAGCUUAGCCAAUACCUCGCAGUCGUGCUUGGUCAAAACCCAAAGGAAUUCUUCCUCACCCUCACCGCCAACCAUAGGUUUUAAGGUUUAGAGAAAACAAAAAAUGACACUCACCCGCAUACACACACACACACACACACAAGAAAAUGAAAUAACAUACCUCAGUGUACCACACACUGCUACUACAACAACAACAACAAAUAAUAUACCUGAUGUUAUUUCAUGUGAUCAGUAGUAAAGGCAAUGCAAAUAUUCAACGAGAGCAAGCGAAAUUGUUUCCUUACGAUAGUCAAAAUUGUUAAAAUGAAAAAGAAAAGGUAAUCAAAGAAAUUUUAUCGGAGGUCAUUCC